AUGAGAUGGCAGGAAGAAAAAUGUAGGACUUUACGUGUUGGGUACCUGAAGGGAGAUCUGACUGGAGAGGACAACUUAGCUCCUCUGUUUCAGGCUCUGGGCCAGGCCUUCAUGGACUGCUGCUGCUGCUGCUGCCAGGAGUGCCAGCCGGCGGGUCAGGCCCCCCCCGGCGCCGCCCAGGUCAAGCUGAAGGGCGCCAGCGAGGGCUCCAUCUUCUUCGACAAGGCUAAAGACACGUCGGCCAUCUUGUCCAUCUCCAGCUAG